AAACGGAAACGAGGGGCAGGCUCGGGACAUUUCUGGAGAAGACGCGGUUGGUGCCAUGCGGUGACGAGCCUCCUCCUCCUCCUCCUCUUCUUCUUCACUUCUCCCUGCUCCCUGGAGGGUUUGUGUCGUGAGGAGGAACAGGGAGGUGGGAAGGGGACGGAAGAGGGGGGCUACAACCGCAUUGCUACCCGAGCCCCGGCUCUCCUCUGACCCCCGGCGAGGAGGAAGAGGAGGAGAAGCAGCAGCAGCAGGAGGAGGAGGAGGGAGGGAGUCAACAUCCAUGCGCGCUGACAAACAGGUGUACGGUUUCAUCACCGGGACGCGGCGCUAGCUAACGAGCCGCCGCCGCCGCUUCCUCUGCUUCUUCUGCUCUCUGCGUGUUUUCCCCUCCGGGUGAGGACCUCCGGAGGUUUCCCCACGGAAGAGGCCGGACACCUGCUGACAUGUUGCGGGAUUAGAGGGAGCGAAGCAAGGCGUUAAACGGGAGGGAGAUCUGGGAAUAAAGCUUGACCCGGAGGAGAGACUUAACCCUGAGCCGAGAGCAGAGGAGAGGAAGGAAACGGGGCUUGAACCUCCUUGCUCACCUUUACCUGACUCUUCUUAGCAAGUCUCCAGUCUGUUGAUUUUAUGACGGAAAGUGUGUCCCCCUGCAGUAGAUCAGUAAGAAGUGCUCUUCAAUAUGAAUACAGAUAGCGGAGGAUGCGCUCCCAAAAGCGUGGCCUUGUCACUCAUACUCUCUCCCAUGAAGAGGGUCCAGAGCUCACCAAAUCUAGCCACAGGGAGUGAUUCUCACUCAUCAGACUUAGAUUCUUGGCGGUCACGCAGCGUAACAGAUGGCCUUAAGAACGGAGACGCCUGCAGCUCAUCUCUCGCCGCCAAAGGCUUCCGAAGCGUCAGACCCAACCUGCAGGACAAAAAGUCACCGACACAGGACAUCAGUCACUUGCCGUUGCCCCCCCCCAGGAGAGAGAGUUUCCACUUCUCGCCCACUGGCACUAAUCCACCAGACUAUAGCUCCCUCAUUGCCCUGGCUAACGAUUCUGGCCCUGGAAUGCUAACAUUCACUCACAAUGAGAAAGCAGUAUUGAAAGAGUCCUUCACGAUUAAUAGCACAUCCUCUUACUCCUAUUCAGAGACCGGUGCAAACCCAGUCCAGCAGGAACACCAGGUCCCAAAUUAUAUAUUUAACUGUAUUGAAUCUGCAACCUCUAAUAAUAAACAGGUCCAGGAGCGUAAAGUGGCUUCGCUCAAACUAACUCCGGUCACUAUCCCUGACCCUCCUGCUCACCUCAACUCUUACCUUGAACCCCGAACUAAGACCCAGACCGCAUCUUCCCCACCUCCACCAAGGGGUCCCACUCCCACUCAGCCCCCGACAAGGACAUCCUCGCUCUCUGUCCACCUGGGCCCUGAGAAUCGGAAAAAUCCAGAGCGUCAACCUCCAAAUCCAACAGCGGAAGUCCUGGUCCCAGAUCGAGUCCUAUAUCAGGCCUCAGGUCCGGCCGCAUCGCAGGUGGAGAUGACGAAGCCUCCUCCUGCAGUUCCACCAAGACCUUCUCCUGCAAAACUGUUGAGGCCUCCAUUCCCCACUGCUUUGCACUCCCCCUACCACAGCUCAGAAUCACUCGACUACCUGUCUGGCCUCAUGCCCAAGACCCUAUCGCCCACCCCCUAUGUCCCUAGCGGAGCUAGCGGCACAGCCGGUGUGAGCAUCGGUGGCUUCGUGUCACCCUCGGCUUCCCCCGUGUCAGCUCUCAGCCACUACUCGUCCUCCACGGCGGGUCUGCUGGACGAGCUGCAGAUCUGUAGCCUGGACUCACCCGGCUCCUCACCCACGCCAUCGCCCACCCUCAGCCAUGUCUCAACCUACACGUCCACUGCUGGCCCUGACGAUGCGCUAACAACCUCUGUGGCCUCCACUGCUGCAACAGCCACUGUCACUAACGGCCAGGUCCUCUCUCACGCUAUGAAUGGAAGCGCAAGCCAUCCACAGAGACCCCUGUCUCCCCCGUCCUAUCCUCCUCUCCCCGCCUCACUGCACACUGGGCUCCAGAGACAGAGCCGGAGUUCGGAGGGCAGAGAGUCUGUCACCAGAGAGUCUGUGGUGUUGGGCCACACCAGUUUCAGCAGCACUGUGCCCAUUGCCUCCUUCUCGGAAGAAGAAAAGAAGGUCUCCAUCAUUAAAGCCCCUCAUUAUGAAGGCAUCGGCCCCGUGGAUGAGUCCGGCAUUCCUAUCGCCAUCCGCACGACGGUGGAUAGGCCUAAGGAUUGGUACAAAACUAUGUUCAAACAGAUCCACAAGGUUCACAAAGCAGACGAUGACUACUCUGACACAUACAACGCAACUUAUGCUGUCAUUAACAAUGAUGACUACAGCCUUUCAUCCACCGCCGCCACCACCAUGGCCCACCCGGCUCCCCGGACACACACAUACAGGCCGCUGUCCAAGAGCCCCUCAGACAAUGGAGGACACCUUGGUCCUCGAGAACCUUCUCCGUCCCCUGUACCCCCACCACCUCCACCCAUGCCGUCCCUCCUGCAGCUGAGGGCCAGAGAUAGCGACCGCGAGAAAGAUUCCCCAGACAUGAAUGAAUGGGGUCCUCCUGACAGGAAAGUUGACACACGAAAGUACCGCGCGGAGCCCAAGAGUAUUUUUGAGUACGAGCCCGGGAAGUCCUCUAUUUUGGAGCAUGAAAGACCAACCUAUGAUGACAUAGAUUUAGAGAACGAGCCUUGGUAUAAGUUCUUUUCCGAGCUGGAGUUUGGGCGGCCGCCUCCUAAAAAACGACUGGAUUAUAAUCCAGACAUCUCCGCCCGCCAGCGCAUUGAGACGUCCCUGCACAUCGCUCCCGCUGACAAGGCUCUGGAGAGACCUGCGAGUGCUGCCAGCGACUACAGGAAGAGAAGGAAGUCGGAGCCGUCAAGUUCCCAGGUGAACGCUCCGUCUCAGAGCAGAGCUGCAACUUCCCCCAAACCAGUGGAUGCCUACAGACCCAGCAGCAGCUUAAAGAAGAACGUCAUUCGUUCCUCACCAUCCUCGCCAUCCAGAGCCAAAGGUGGGGACGCAUGCAACAUGUAUUCAAACAGUUUGACCUCCCCAGGUCCACAUCCGGGCCCCUAUGUGCCCCCUGUCCCUUCUGACUCUGUUCAUUGCCAUGAGGACGGGAGCCCGGAUGGCAGCUCCUCCUCCAAGCAGUCUGUCUACUGUAAGAACAGUUGGCCGACAAAACGCACGGAUUCCGAGACAUGGACCGGUGCGGAGGAGGCGCCGCCCUCCUCUGGCAAAAUCAGGUCCCGCAGCUGUGAUGACUUACUCAGUGACGGGCAUUCUGGCUCAGGUGGGCGCAAUGCCCCCCGCUCAGAAAGUGCUGGGUCACUGGUGUGUGAUGGGAAUCCCUCAGGUUCAACUGGAUCCACUUCCACUCGCUCAUUACCUCGACUCCACCGGCGACGGGCGCAUGAUUCACCAGGCUUUCUGCAGCUCUAUCGUAAAAUGCAUCAGAUUGAUCGAGCUCAGCUGAUCCCGUCCGAUAUCAUCCGCUCAGUCCGGGCUCGUAUCCUGGAUCUGGAGCGCCAACCUCACCUGCUUCGGCACCGCCUCUCCCCAUGGACACCCUCAUGGGGCGUGGAGGUGCCUACCGAUACGGUGCCAAACCGCAUUUCUGAAUAUGAGCGCCUUAUUCAGAAAUCCAAAUCCAUGCCCAACUUGGGUGAUAGUGAGGGGCCUUCAGGCACGACUACACCAGGUGGCUCAUCAUCCCGAGCCAGCAGCGGUGGUGGUGCCACACCCAUUUUUCCAAAACGCCGUUUUUCCAUAGAAUCUUUACUAGAAGAAGACAUCAAGAGCAGCAGUGGACCAGUACCUCAUACCAUGGAUCCCUUACAUCGACCUCGUAGCCCACCUGAGGGCCAGCCUCGUGGGCCAGAGCCACGCCAUCUUCGGUCCUUUCCUGCUCCUCCGAUCCCCCAAAUCCCGCAAGCCAACCCAGACUACUCUGACAGUGAACAAGACGCCAUUGCGUCAGACCUCAGUGACUUCAUCCAGGUGGAGGGCUCCUCUUUUUGCAGUGAGAGUGACUUUGACCAUUGCUCACUAACCUCCUCUGAGAGCUUGUACGGCUCUUCCUCCCUUCACCACCACCACCACCUCCGUCACCUCCACCACCAUCACCACAGCCACCAAGCUGGUCACCAGAAUGUGGGGCAGAGUCAGGGGUACCAACACCGCCACCUCAUCAGCACCUGCAAAGGCCGCUGCCCAGCUUCUUACACCCGUUUCACAACGAUGCUUCGCCAUGAGAGAGAACGAGCGCGUCAGGAGCACCAGAGACCUCCACAGCCGAGCCGCGGCAGCCAUUCCCAAAUCCAGAGCUCGCAGUCCCAGCAAGCGAUGUCCAAGCUGGCCUUCCUGGUCAGCCCAGUGCCUUUCCGCAGGAAAAAGGGCUCACCACCUACCUCUAAAAGAAUCAGUGGUGGCGGCGGUCGAGGCAGCAGGCCCAAGUCAAAACAGGACAUUUACGAAGCACUAGAUGAAGCGCUGAGAGACAUAUAUGAGCACAUUCAAUCAGAGAGAGGCCAGAGAGGCACCCGGGCCCCUGAUGACAGCAUCCUGAGGAGAAUACUGGCUGAACUGCUGCCAAACGUGCCUGAACGAAGCUCCUCAUUGCGGGGGAGGAGGGGGUGUUGGCAGGGGGGUCACUCUUCCGCAUCAUUGUACCCAGACGGGAGCCCCACGGAGAACGCCUCGUACAGAGAGGAUCCAUCCACACCGCGGCUACAGUCACCAAUCAGUGCCUGUUACGGACAGCACUUGGACACCUCAAACAAUAAUGAAUAUGAAGAGGAGCAGGGCAAUGGAAAUGGUAUCUGUUAUUCAGACCAGGAUGUCUCCAGGAGUUAUUCCACAAUGGACGGACGCCACACGCCCCAGAGUACAAGAGCUACUCCUGACAGAGAGGUCUCCCAUAAACAGAUGACACAACUUAUUCUGUUCUCUCUCCUCCAUCAGAAACAGCCUGCAAAAGCCAUUUAUGAUUUUAAGGCACAAACAGCUAAGGAGCUGACAUUUAAAAAGGGUGAUGCGGUAAACAUCAUCAGGCAGAUAGACAACAACUGGUAUGAGGGAGAGCACCGAGGACGGGUGGGGAUAUUCCCCAUAUCAUAUGUAGAGAAGAUGCCGUCCACAGAGAAGCAGCAGCCGAUCCGUCCUCCUCCGCCAGCACAUGUCAGAGAGAUCGGAGAGGCAGUGGCUCGCUAUAACUUCAAUGCGGACACCAACGUGGAGCUGUCUCUCAGAAAGGGUGAGAGAGUCAUUGUGGUAAGGCAGGUGGAUCAGAACUGGUAUGAGGGCAAGAUCCCAGACUCAACCAAACAUGGCAUCUUUCCCGUGGCCUACGUUGACAUCAUCAAGCGCUCCCCGUCCAAGAGCUCCGACCACCACAUAGACCUGCGUGGGCACCUUGGCCAGAGGACGCCAAGCAGUACAUCCAGCAAGCGAUUAGUCCAGGAUGCUCUACAUGGCGGAGGAGACCCGUACCAGGCCGUGUACAACUACACGCCUCGCAACGAGGAUGAGCUGGAGCUGAGGGAGGGCGACAUCGUGGAUGUGAUGGAGAAGUGUGACGAUGGCUGGUUUGUCGGGACGUCUCGAAGGAGCAAGUUGUUUGGAACCUUCCCAGGAAACUACGUGAAGCAGCUAUAAUGAUGAUUCCACACCCCCGCCCUCCUCCUCCUCCUCCUCUUCGCCUCGCCCCCUUCUGUGACACGUUCAUCGCCCUCAGCACAGCACCUGCAGGACGCCGCCUCCCCACAGUGCUCAGCAGAGACCCGUCGCACAUCGCGUUCGCUCGUACGUGCGGCUCGUUGGCUUCACGCGAACAGAACUCUUUAGCUCUAACUCGCCAUCUUUAACGGAAGACUUCUAUAAGAUGCUGUUGUUUUUUUAAACCUAUCUUUUUAUCCUUAUUUUUCUAUCGCGGAGAAAAAACCCAAACCUUUGUGCUCCGGUCAGUGACCUUUAACUUUCCACAGCGAUGGAAUGACAGCGAGGCAGCACGAGGCAGUGAUGCUUUUCUUUCUGUUUCAGCUGUUUAAGGGCAGUAAGAUCACCGCUGUCACCUUUUUUUAUCAGAUUUUUUUUUGGUGUAUAUUUAACUUAAAACACUUGUCACAUUUCAUUUCAGUGUUCAAUCACAAAGAUCGACAAAGACGUUGAGUACAGAGAGUGUUGCACAAACGGUAUUCUGUCCGCACGUCUGUUUCAUGGACUGUGUUGUGGGGCUUGCAGCCAACACGGUGCAUCAAAAAGGUAAAAGGAGUAACAUGUGGAGCAGACAUGUGUGUGUUACCCCAUGUAUUGAUCAGUACAUGUAUCAUACUCGUGCAAAUAUUUUGAAUAUUGCAAACGAGGAAGUAGAAAAAUAUAGUAUUGAAACUCUUCUACUGUCUGUCCAAACAUAAUCCAUUAGAUUUCAAGUGUAACAUUUGAAAACAAAGAUUUUUCGUCUCCACACUAGGUUUGAUGCACUUUAACGCAAUUUUAACACAACGUUGUGUUUCUGUUUUGUUUCAAAUUUCACUUCUGAUUUCAUACACCAGAGGUCGCCAUGACUCUGGGGCUCAUUGGGGGGAAAGUGUAUGCAAAAAGGUUACCGACCUUUUCUAGGUAUUAUAUUUAUUAGAGGAACGAACGCUGGUCAAACUACGUGAUGAGAUGAUUUUAGAACAUGUUGCUCUUUUUAACAUAUUCUAACAGCAGCAAGACCCACAUUUGAAGGAAUGUUAUUUUAUUGUCAAGUGUCAUUGUCCAGAUCAUAGACUGUGUAUGAAGAGGGAUGAGCCCCCCCCCCCGGAGCCAGAGUCUGCUCAGUAGACAUCAACACAAAAUUUGUAGAUAAGAUAUAAUAUGUUUACAAAUCCAUAAACCACCAUAAACCUCCUCUACAGGUUUUUCCUUCAGUUCAGACACGGUAUCCAGGUCCCGCUGAUGUGCGCAUUCGACCAAUCACGAGUCUCGGAUGUCAAUCAUGAUGUUUCACCCAAUUUUGAAAGCAUCUAACCAAAGUUGAGCAAGUGUGACGAGCACGACCCAAAAUGACAAGAACCAUCUUUUAGAUAAAUGUAUUUGACACGUCCCUUUGACUUUUUUAGUGCGGCUCAUGUCCCAUCAACUAACACGGAGGAGGCAGGGUUAACGAGCUGUACUGCAGGAAGCCACUAGGGGGGGCAAUUGAGACGCUUUGGCUUCACUUUUGGGGAGCUGUCAUGUCGUCCAUCUCUACAUAUAUACAGUCUAUGGUUCAGACAGAGACUGAUGUUAUGUUGAAUUUAUUUAAGUCUGUUACUAUAUGAGAUAGAAUUUUAUCGAAAUAACUUCGGUCGUGUAAACUGCAGUUUUUCUUCCCACUAGACGUUGGUUGGCGGCUUCUUUUCCGAGUCCGAGUGAAUAGGUAGCGUGUCACUGUUCAUGUGUUUUAUAAACCAUUUGGAGUUAUUGGCUAAUCUCCAUCUUAGCUUGUCACGCACAGCGAAUGAUCAGUUUUUACUUGUCAUUGUUUUGUUUUCUUCUCAUUUUUGUGUUUUCACGAAAGACGGACACUGACAACAAAACCAAUGUUAAAGCACCUUAAAGUAUAUUUUGUUUCAUCAUCCGUUGUCCUCCAUGUCACCCCCCCACCCCCACCCACCCACCCCCUCACUGUCAUCCACUGUUUCCGAUGGUGUGAGAACACUUGGUGUGUUACGUGUGUGUGUGUGUGUGUGUGUCUGUGGUGUUUUUGUAAGCCUUUUUUGUAUGAGAGCUGUAAAAUGGCCAACAUCCACUUUGCUUUAUAAACUCAGCUUUUUCUCACCCACCAUCAUAUUCGGUUUCCUCUCCUUUCUUCACCUGUUCGUCACCGGUGGUGCUAAUUUUCCACUUUGUGUAUCCCCCGGCGUUAGGCCUUUAUUUCCCCCUGCUCCGGUUCUUUGUUGUUUUCAGAGUCAGUGACGUAUUUAGACUGAAGUUACUGUAGGUAGAUUGAGUUGGUGAAUUGCUGCCUUACGUCCAACUCCCAAGUUUAAUAGCCAUGUAUAUGUGAGCCUCUUCUGUGAUGCAAAAAAAAAGAAUCAUUUAUGCAUUAAUGUAGUGUAGAAAACAUCAGGACAGUGUUUGACCGUGUGCACAUAAACUCAACAGUGAUGAAACUUUCAGUAAGCAUCUAAUCUGCCUCUCAUGCGACAACCGGGGGGACAGAUUUGGACUGAGGGCAUUUAAUUGACUCCUGAGAUGUUUAUACAUAUAACGAAAGUGUAAAAUCUUCUAUGUUGUUCAUGUUAAUAUCCAGAUUCCAUGCACACACUUGGACCUAAGUAUUUCUACAAUAUCUUAGCAGUUAUUGGAUGGUUUUAUGGGGCUGUAUUGCUAAUAAAAUCACGCUGGUAGAUUAAA